AUGGCAGUAAAUAAUACAAAUGAAGAAUCGGAUAGGAUACAAAACCGUCCCAAUAACAACUCUAAAAUUCAAGAAUGUGAUGUUCCAGAAGUAGUUCAUGAAGACGUAAUAACGGGUGAUGAUGAAAAGCGUUUUGGACUGAAAACUCGUACAAAAUCAAUAAAAAUCGUUCCACCUAGCGACUCAUCUGACCGUAACUCAUCUGACCGCGACUCAUCUGACAGCAAAUCUGAUAGUAACACGAUUAGUUCUACGUCAUCAAGUUCAUCCGACUUUCCCUCGGACGAUAGUGUUAAGGAUUCUGAAUUUCUACCUGAGAGAAACAUACAGAAAAAACGUAUUAACUACCAAUUUUUCUCACCCCAACCUGGACCUUCCUGGGCAGAAGAUGAUCCUAAUGAAGUGGAAAUGCAGCCAUCAAACACAAACAUCGAGUCACCCGUUUUACAGACUGAACAAUCACAACCACCCAGUAUUAACAUCCAGCCCUCUAGUGUAGACAGUCUAGUCACAGUUUCGAGUGUGGAACCACAGCUGCCAUCCCGAAAAAGAAAGUGUAACCCUGAAUCCUGGAAGAAAAAUAAAUCUAAGGCACUUAAAAACAGCGGACAGGCAUAUAUUACCAUGUCCAAAUCAAAAAAACAAAUAGAAGCCAAGAAAAUUGGACCUCAAAUUUAA